CUCGCUCGCUCUCUCGUCAGUCGCUCGCCGUGCUCUUCUGUGGAUGCAACACUGUCCAGACACAUCAAACAAACCCAAACAAUGACAUUAUCUGCAACGACACGACAGAUACACACCAUUAUCUGACUAACUGAACCUAUCCCGCGCCUCUUUCUGCUCGCCGUUUGCCGCAUCAGUCCAGCCCAGUGCCCAGAGGCUUGUGUAGGACCAUGAUGCUCAGCAGCUCAGUGGACGUACCCAGCCCAGGCGGGAUGAGCGCGGUGGCGGCCCGGAACGUGAUUCGCAGUUCCAGCAUCAGCGGCGCCAUGUACAGCCUGGAGAAGAGCCCCAGCAGCAAGGGGCUUGAUGCCACAGGCCUGGCCGGAAACAAGAAGCGCCGCUCCAGCCUGGGAGCCAAGAUGGUGGCCAUCGUGGGUCUGUCACAGUGGAGCAAGAGCACACUGCAGCUCAACCAGCAAGAUGGUGGAACAAAGAAGCUGCGCAGCACCAUCCGGCGGAGCACAGAGACGGGUAUCGCAGUGGAGAUGAGGAACCGUGUCACACGGCAGGGCAGUAAGGACUCAACAGAUGGCAGCACCAACAGCAACAGCUCUGAUGGGACCUUCAUCUUCCCCACCACUCGCCUCGGCCCUGAGAGCCAGUUCAGUGACUUCCUGGACGGUCUGGGUCCCGCUCAGAUAGUGGGGCGGCAGACAUUAGCCACACCGCCGAUGGGUGAUGUUUACAUCGGUGUGGUGGAUAGAGGGGGUCAGUUAGAGGUCGAGAUCAUGCAGGCCCGAGGUCUGACCCCUAAACCGGGCUCAAAAACAUUCCCAGCAACAUAUGUAAAGGUUUAUGUCCUGGAGAAUGGAAUGUGUCUCGCUAAGAAGAAAACCAAAGUGGUGAAGAAAACCCUGGAUCCAACCUUCCAGCAAUCCCUGAUGUUUGACGAGAGCCCGCAGGGGAAAGUGCUGCAGGUGAUUGUGUGGGGUGAUUACGGCCGCAUGGACAGCAAGUGUUUCAUGGGAAUGGCUCAGAUCCUCCUGGAUGAUCUGGAUCUGUCAUCAAUGGUGGGCGGCUGGUACAAGCUCUUUCCCACCUCCUCUCUGGCAGACCCCAGCAUCGGCCCCCUGACGCGCCGACUCUCCCAGUCCUCACUCGAGAGCGCCACCAGCCCCUCUUGCACCUAGACACGUCCACGUCCCCUUCUAAAUAUGCCCGUCUUCUCUAUCUCUACGUGUGUAUCUUUGUUCAAUAUACCCCAUCACUGACCCCUAACGCAUGAACACACACCCUGAUAGAUACAGCCAACUCUCCCGGGGCUGGAACGCUCCUCUUUACCGAUACAGAUAUUAAGAGUUGGAUACAAAUCGGGCGUGACACAUAUAACACACACACACAUCCUGGCAGAUGGAUAUGGGUGUAACCAGCAACAUGCAGUCGUAGGGUUGUGAAAAAUCAGUCAUGGCUAGUUACAUACAGAUCCAUUGUCCGCAGGUCAACCAAUAGGGGCAUUUAAUAAACCCGCUGAGAAAUAUCCCUGACAAUGUAGCAUUCGUGUUGGCGUCACGUCACACAGGAAGCAGAAUGGGUUCUCCAAGGCUAGUAGUUUCCAGACCCUCGAGGGUCAGUCAUUUCUCUAUGCCAAACCCGAAUAAAGUUUUAUUUUUUAAAAACCAAAGCAAUUGUUAUUAUCUGUAGUGUUAUAUGGAUAUGUAGCAGAGUCAGUGACUUAGAUGAGAUGCAAAAAACAAAGACGUGUUAGAAAAACUCGUAAGGUGCGGUCACGUUAGCGAAAUUUUGUUGGCAAAGGAAUCCAUUUUCAGUUGUCGAUAGUGUAGCGGCGUAUUAAGUCACUUUCAUACCAAGCAACUUUUGGCGUGGCAAUUUCGCAUGACCAACUUGAAGAUGAACAAAACCUGCGUCGCGACUUUUUUCGCCCUUGUGUGAAAUGGAUUCCAAUAGAAAUGACUGGAAUUCGCCUGUAAAAUUUCGGUAAACGUGAUCGUACCUCUAGACUACAUUCACAAUUAAACUUUUAAAGGGCAGGGCUUUACUCCACAUGUCAGGUUAUUUAUUAGAAAUGCACACGAUUCCUGUCGCAUAAAGUAGCGUAUUCUUUUUUUUCCUUUUCGGAGAGCUGAAUAAAUAAAUAUAUAGAUCGAUAUUUGUGUUUAUGUAUUUAUCGACUGCAUUCUGCACGUUAACUCGCAACUCUUGCUGAGCAAAAUAUGUAAAGUGCUAUUUUAAGCUUGCCUUUAAAAUUACGUAGACUUAUAGAUAGUAGGUUAUUUAUUUUGCUAAUGUUUCAAUCUCACUUUUUGUCUGAACAACACCAUCUGCACCGAGUUGCAGACGUAGUCGAGGGAAUCGAACCCUCCGCAGGAGAACCAACUGUCCUGUUAAACCAGCAACCCUCAUACACAGCUGCAUUGUGGGAUAUGCCGAACGGUGUCCGCUGGCAAGCAAGAAAACUUUUCUUGUAGCAAGUAGCAAAGCUUUCUGGGAAGUCGGAGCCGCAUUAGACUUUACCGCCUCAAGUAGUUUUGGGUUUCUUUCUACCAGCAUUUGGAACUGUUAAAGGCCUUUCCCAUUUCCUGUUACUCUCAGGAGGUCACGCUGAUCAAAAAAACACACACACGCAACAAUAUGAGGACUGGUGAUGGGGUCGCUCUCUCAACAGGAUCUUGAAGCCCAAAUCAAAUGGUAUUCUGUAAGCUCCUGGACACUUUUUUUUUUUUUUUUGGUCUGUCGAACCAUUGUGACUAUUCCUGUCCAAUCAGCAGUCUUCUUUAGCUUCAUCUCUGAAGCUGAGUGGCUCUAGACGCUUUCUUCAGUCGAUCUUCGGUGUUAUGGAGACUUGUGGAAGGAAAGCAGCACUGUAGGUAAAAAACUAAGUAUUCAUCCCACUCCUGUCAGCCUCCUAGAUUUGUUUUCAUAGCUCCUUUGAAUAUAUCAGAGCCGGAGAAGGUACCUUACAUAUCAUAGUAUCUCUGCACCAGUUUAUUCAUGUCAAAUCAGUCACAUCUUCUGCAGAGGUGAUGGCAUUUGUGACACUACCAGUAAGAACCAGAACAUUAUUCAUUUAUAAAUUCCCAUAUGGAUAAUUUGGCAAAUCAUUAAAGACGUUUGUAUAAUUCAAUCUGUUUAAACUCUCUUUGAUAGAAGCGCACAAACUCUAUUGUUUGAUUCUCUGGUUUGCAUCAUGAUGGUGUAGAUAGAUCUGCUUUUGAAGGCGGAUUAUGAGACCGUCAGCAAACCGUUUCAUCUGAAAUCAUUUUGAAUCGCAUCAGCGUUUGAAGUUUUUUAGUGUCAAUGUCACUGCUACACUGCUACAGUGAUCAAGAUGUACAGCACAAAAUUUCACCAUUUAUCUGGAUGUUCAUAAGAAAGUGUGCCUCACAUUCCAUACUUUCAAAAUCUCUUGUUUUAAUUAUCCUAGGCCAUUCCAUCAAUGCACUUUACAUGCACAUGUUUCAAUGCAUUUGGUAGAUGUAGAUACUAUAAAACACUUAAUUUUUGUAAUGAAUGGUCAUGUUCAUAUAGAGAUUUAUCUUUAAAUCCUGAGAAACAUGUAGUCAUUGCUCGUGUCUUUAUUUAUCUUUUCUCUGUUCAUUUAGAUGUUUUGCUUCACAAAGAAUCUUUAAUGACAAUUUCAAUUAUAAUUGACAAAAUUGUUACAAAAACAGCUGAAUCAGAAGACACAUUGUGCACACUAAAUAUAUUUGCAUUUUAAUUGUUUUUGUAAGGCCAAAAUUAUAAGUUGGACCAAAAAAAUGGGACUUUACACUUUCUUGCUUUCAUUCGAAAUUGCGAAAUAUGUAUUUUACCCAUGCCAGAUUUAACAUAUUUACAAUAUUUUACUUUUCAGCCCGUCGCUGUUGUUCAAACUCUGAGGUUUUGCCUUUAAACAUACAAAACGAUUUUCUGCUAUCUUUCACAUACAUGUCUUGCUUCUUUUGUAUGUGCACAAAUUUGAUUGUGUUGCACCUUUGUCUUUUUCACUAACAGACAAACGUCUGUACGUUAAAUUAGGAACAAAAAAUGACUUCUUAAGUCUAACUUAAGAUGAAAUUGUAUUACUGUACUGAAAACAAAUUGUAUUUGCAGCUGAAUGUUUGUCCUUGGUAAACACAUAUGAAAUGACUAUUAGAUAUUGAUAUUUUUUCUAUGUAAUUUUACGUACUUGGGAAUUUGGGAUAAUAUACGUGUCCCUUUACUGUACAAUGAAGUAGUUGCAAAAUCUUACUGCUCUUGCAUUUUUGCAAAAUGAAGAGUCUGAAUGCAUGAAUAUUUGUACUGUACUGCUCUAUUUUUUCAGGUGUAGUGGAUGGAUGUAGUUUGUUGCAGUCCAUAGCUAAACCAAAUGCAACAUUGACAAAAAAAAAUCUAGAUUUGCCGCUUCCAGAUUUCUGUGGUUUGGAUGCGUUUUGAUAUUUUAUCAUGGAAUGAGAACGAUCAGAUCUGUUUUGUUCUGACAGUUAUCAGAUACAGCUAACAAAUGCUUCUGUGAUGUGCUGAUAAUCUGUAAAUACCAAUCUUGAGUAUGAUGUUGUAACUUCUGAAUAAGAUACCAGAAAAAGGGGCUGGCAUCUGGUUUGUUUAAAUUCUUGGUGUUGAACCAUGUCAUGCUUUUAUAUGCGAGACCACUUCAUGCUUUUCAGUUCAUACAUGGUGAAGCCUGAAGAGUCUUUCUUGGCAGUUUUAUGGCAUGUGCAGUUUAUAUGUGAGUGUAAGUGACACCAGCCUGACUGGGGAAUGAUCUUAACACACUGAAUACAGAUAUCAAUAUCAAUGUGAUGUUAUGAUGUUAGCUGAAUAAACCUGACAGAGUGUUUCUGUGUGGGCCAACAAUCAUAGCGGAAACAGUUGGAUGUGGUCAACCUGGUAUUCAUGCUUACUUUUUAUUUGCAUUCAGAAAUGGACGUCAGAUUGUAAAACUGAGAAUGAUGUGUAAAUUUGAACAUUUAUUUUAUUAGAUUUUGCUUCGUCAGGUACUGUAUGAUGUAUAUAAAUUAUAUAAAUGUUGACAUUCAAAUAGGAAUGUAAUCCCUUUACAUCUUUCUGGGCCAGUUAAAGAAAUAGUUCACCCAAAAUGAAAAUUUACUCACCCUCCGGCUAUCCAAGAUGUAGAUGAGUUUGUUUCUUGGAGAAAUUUAGCAUCACAUCACUUGUUCACCAAUGGAUCCUCUGCAGUGAA